CGGGGUUCCAGGGCAACCGUGACACGCCCAGGCGAGCCGCGGAAGCAGGAAGCUGCGAGGAGCUCAGUGGGACUCGGAGGACAGGUGAAGGUGCUCUGAUUUGGGGGAGCACAAGCCAAUUUAGAGCCUUCAUAUGGCAUAGAGUCUCAUCUACCAGUUGCAUUCUUUAAAAGGUGUCCCCAGUUGGAAGAUAAAGUGUAUGGUCACUCUAGUCAUGUGGCAUGUGUGGUCCAACCUUAGAGAAAACAGAGAUGGCAAGGAAGCUCCAAGCAGGACAAGCUAUGGUGUGUGAUCACCGGUGGUCUGGACCCAGUUGAUAAAGAUGUUGUGGAUUUUCUGCGUAGAAUUCCGGUACAUGGCUAAGACCUCACCUGGACACCUUCUGCACCUUACUCAGGAUUCUACAGUUUUCUCAUUGGUGAAUUCUUGAUGGAUCUGACUCUUGGUUGCUGGCAACUCCAUCCAGGGCAGGAGAAAUGGCUACUAUCAAACUCUGGUUUGGAAGGCAGAAUUUUCAUCUGUUGAAGAGUUUUUUGCUGUUGAAAAUUAUAGCUGUUGUCUUUGCCGUGGUUCUAUUUUGUGAAUUUUUAAUUUAUUACUUAGUGAUCUUUCGGUGUAAUUGGCCUGAGGUAAAAAUUCGAGCCUAUGACGGUAAACGAGAGACUCUUGAACCUGUGCUGAAAGCCAUGUUUUUGGCUGAUACCCACCUGCUCGGGGAAGUAAGAGGCCACUGGCUAGACAAAUUACGAAGGGAAUGGCAAAUGGAGAGAGCCUUCCAGACGGCUCUGUGGUUGUUGCAGCCAGAAGUUGUCUUCAUUCUGGGGGACAUCUUUGAUGAAGGGAAGUGGAGCUCCUCCCAGGCCUGGGCGGAUGAUGUGGAGCGGUUUCACAAAAUGUUCAGACACCCACGUCAUGUGCAGCUGAAGGUAGUUGCUGGCAACCAUGACAUUGGCUUCCACUAUCAGAUGAGCACAUACAGAAUAAAACGAUUUGAGGAAGUUUUCAACCGUGAGAGGCUGUUUUCAUGGAAAGGAAUUAAUUUUGUGAUGGUCAACAGUGUUGCCCUGGAAGGGGACGGCUGCAACAUUUGCUCAGAAGCAGAAGCUGAGCUCAUCAAAAUUUCUCACAAACUGAAUUGCUCCCGAGAGGCACAUCGCUCCAGCCGGUGUGGGGAUGGUCAGCUGCUGCCAGCGUCAGCCCCCAUCCUUCUGCAGCAUUUUCCGCUUUACCGGAGAAGUGAUGCUAACUGUUCUGGGGAAGAUGCCGCACCUCCAGAAGAAAGGGGAAUCCCCUUUAAGGAGAGAUACGAUGCACUUUCUCGGGAGGCCUCACAAAAGCUUCUCUGGUGGCUCCGGCCACGCCUGGUACUGAGUGGCCACACGCACAGUGCCUGCGAGGUGAACAGAAACAACCCCAGUUUCAUCAUGGGCAGCAUGACAUCCACAGAGCAUGCUCUCGCCAAGUGCUACCUUCCCUUCGAGGACACGGUUCUGAUCACAUACUGUGGAGCAGCUGGGUUCCUUGUGGUUCUCAUGUUCUUUCACUUUGGGCUUUUAGCCUCACCUUUUCUUUUUGGUUGGCAGCUGCUCAGAAAAUUUAAGACAAUGUGAAGAGGAGAAUUUUUGCAUUUAGUAAUAAAUAUCAAAGCCAAAGAAACUGAACUUUGGGCAAUGCUCAUGUGAGAUGGGACCAAAGUAGGCUGUCUUUAUGCACAUCAUAGAAAUUCUAAAUCAUUGAUGCAAGCUACUGUAGAAUAAAUAGUUGAUUAAACUGUUCUCAUGCUAUAAAAAUGGAACAUGUACUCUACGACAAGUCUAUUUUCUCAUUUUAUCAAAUAUAUGUUAAUCAAAGAUUGUAUCUGUACAAUAUAUAAACACUAUUAAUGUCAUCACUUGCAUGCACUAGACAGUCUGUCCUUCCCCAGGAUGGAGCCAGCAGCCCUGGAGCACACUCGAGAUUGGGUGUACACAAACCAAACACUGGCUUUGCUUUUGUCCUUUUCCAAAAUCAUUCUCAAAUUCCUAUAUAUUAUAAAGCUGUACACUGAAAAUAAACGUACAGAUGCUACAAGCAGGAAUAUAUUGUUUAUACAGACUUUUGUACUUCUGGGCUGAAUUAAUGGAAUCAGAUUUUUAGAUAAGUGUAAUUUUCUCUCCAGCAGAUCAAGUUAUUAAAUCUGAAUUUAAUGCCUGCGAAGAAAGAAACUUGAAAAAUGGACUUGGAAGUGGCAUUUGGCAUUUAAAAAUAAAUGCCUUGAUAAUUUUAAGCCAGACAAAAUGUAUUCUUUUUGUAUUUUUCCUAUGAGUCUGGCUCUUUCUUCAAUCAAACUUUUAAAUAGGAAGUUUAGUAAUAGGGGAGUUGUCGAAUAAUAAUGCAUGUAACAAUAUACAACUUCAUUUUUUUGUGUAUGUUUGUGGGGGUGUAUCUUCAGUUUUUAUUCAUGUUUUCUUUUGAAAAUGCAAUGUAAACUGAAAAUAAAUUCUAUUUCAUAUGUCUCCGUUCAACUGAGUUUUAUGAAACAGUUAAGGAUGAGGGGAGCAGUAAUUCAGUAACAAUGAGAUAAACCAUGUUUGUUGUAUUGAUCGUCUGUAGAGUUGUCAUCCUUUCUUGGAAAAGUAGUAGUAUUUAAAAUUGCAUAAGUUUAUAAAGGAUAAUAAAGUGCUGAUUAUAUUAUAAACUUUAAAAUACUCAAUGAAUACUAAAAGCCUAAAAGGAAAUUAGUGAAAUAAUGUAUGCUAAGCUGUCAUUUCUCUGGAUUUCUAUUGUUGAAAUAUAACUUCAGAUAUCUUUACUAUUUAUCUUUUACCUAAGGAAACUACCCUCAAAGCUGUGAUUGUAGAUCGAAUAUGAAAUGUCCCUGCUACAUAGAUUCUUGCUAUUUAUACUGAGGCUGCAUUUGCAGAUCUUUCAAGCUUGAGAAAUAGCUAUAUAAUUUGACUUUAUAUUUCAAAUAAAGGUUAACUAUUGUUUCUUCUUCAAAA